AUGGUAGAUGGAGGUCCCCCCGGCUCUGUUGGAGCAUAUAUUUCUGGCUGGAUGACAAGGGAGAAUUUUUUUCUGUUUUUGAAACAUUUUGUGAAACAUUGUAAACCAACAGUUGAUGACAUGGACAAUCAUGAAUCUCAUGUAUCUCUUGAAUCUAUUCAAUAUGCCAAGGAAAAUGGUAUUCAUAUGCUUUCAUUCCAUUCUCAUUAUUCGCACAGACUGCAGCCUUUGGAUCGAUCAGUGUUUUUUUCACAAAAGAGACAUUAUAAUGUUCAGUGCAAUGCAUGGCUAAGUAGCCAUCCCGGGCGGCCAAAUCAGCCUCUUUACAUUCCUGCUGUAUGUUGUUAUGCAUUUAAGCUUGUCAUAUCACCUGCUAAUAUACAGACAUGCUUAAAAUCUACGGUGAUUUUUCCUUUCAAUCCUUUUUGA